AUGUCCGGAAAGCCUCCCUCAGAACACUUCCGCCUCCUCUACUUCGCCUCCGCCGCCUCCUUCACCCGCAAAUCUUCUGAUACUUUCCCCGCCCCACUGCCUAUCAGCGACCUGUUCAGCGUUCUGGAGAAGAAGUAUUCGGGGAUUACAAAGGCGGUGCUAGACAGCUGCGCUGUGACUGUGAACUUGGAGUAUGUGGACGUCGAAGAAGAGAGUGGCAAGGAGAAAGCGGGCGUGGUGAUCAAGGAGGGGGAUGAGGUGGCGAUUAUACCACCUGUGAGCUCUGGUUGA